AUGCACCAAUCUCCAGAUGAGGUAUACAACAGAUGUCCCCUGCUCUUUUGGAUAAUCUGUUCAGCGGCUUCCCCAGACGCAUACCGAGCACAACUUGAGGACCCAGUACGGGCCGAAAUUUGCCAAAUCCUUGAUCCAAGCACAUCAACAGUAGAGGCUGUGCAAGCUUUGUUGAUCUUAUGCAUGUGGCCGUUUCCUUUUGUCUCCCAGAAAUCCGAUCCAUCAUUCAUCUACGGUGGAAUCGCAACACAAAUGGCUUUGCAAAUCGGGCUACACCGGCCCGCCACCGAUUAUCCUCUGAACUCUGACUCAAGGAACGGCAAGGAAGAUGAAGAUAUCAGGUGCACCACCUGGAUUGCCUGCUUUAUUGUGAAUCAGAUCCUUGCCAGCAGGCUGGGUGUUCCCUCAUCCGUUCUAGCAGAUCAUUCAUUGCUCACCUCUUUGGAAAAUCCUUCAGUGCCUGCACGGCUUUCUCUGCUGUGUAGGAUCUCGCACCUCACGGUCGAAUCAAGUCAAGCCAUUGGCGCUCGAGCUUCGAAUGGCUCCGGUUUGGCUGACCCUAUUCCCCGAAUGAGUCUAAUCAAUGUCUUUGCCAGGCAGUUCGACGAACUUCGAAGGAAGAACCUCCCACAAGAAAGUGACAUGGAAGAGAUAUUCUUCUUGGGCUCCAUACUUCAGCUAUGGUCUUUCGCUCUCCACGAUGAUAUUCCCCUGUCAUCAGAAUCGUUUCAUAUUGUGCAGAGAGCCCGGGAAGAUGCAAUACGACUGAUUCAGCUUGCUCAGGAGAAGAAGCUGUCUCUAGCGCCGUUCUAUAUCUGUCGUUCAGUCUGUUAUGCCGCCCUGGUGCUCUACCAUAUCAAACUCAGUCCCUACGCAGUCCAAGAUGAGUUGCUCGAUGAUCACAUCAUACGAGCCCAAGAAGCUCUUCAGUUGGUGAAAAGUCCGAACAUGCCACAAUUUCUCGCUACCGUGACAUCGCCUGAGAACAAACAAGAGUUUAUCGCUAGGCGGGACAAGAAUUGUUCACAUCGCUGGAAAAUGGGUGCGUCUUUAGUGUUUGAUGCCAACUGCGCAUAUUCAAAUGUACUCCGCUCAAGUGUCUACUUCUGUCCAGAAUUUCUGGACCUCGAUGGAUUGCUGUUCGAAGGCUCGACGGGUUUCGAUGAAUAG